AUUUCAGCUGAUCAUUGAAGGAAUGUGGGGAUCAAGCAGGCCUGAUGCUGGCUUCAUUGCUAUUGAUGAUGUCAUCUUCUAUGACUCCAAAUGUGAAGUUCUACCAAGCAAGGCCCAGGUGAAUGCAGGGGACUGUUCUUUUGACCGGGAUCUCUGCAACUACCGCAGAACAGAAGAUGGUGACAGGCUAGGCAACUGGCAAUUGGCCAUUGCUGGGGAAAGGUUGUUGCGCAAUAUGGCUGACCAUACUUAUAAUAACCCUGCUGGAGGCUAUGCCUACUUUGACAUAUAUGACACCAAUCAGCGCAAAAUCAGGCUCAUCAGUCCUGUCAUUGAGCCUCCAAGGGAUGAAGAUGACAGGGCUUGUCUGGCUUUCUGGUUCCAUCCAUUGGGAAGUGGAGACAGCACCACUUUGCAACUCAUGCAAAGAAUUGGGGACAGCAAUGAAGUGGUGGAAAAUGAUGAAAAAAUGACCCCACUGUGGAAGGUGCAGACUCAUCAGCUUGACCGCUCCAGAGAUGACUGGAUGUUUGGCCAAGUGGAAAUAGAUAAUUCCAGGACCUUCAGACUAAUAUUUGAAGGUAUUGCCACCAAAGGAGGCUUUGCCAUUGAUGACAUCCAGAUCUACACAAACCAACAGAAAGAAGGCUGCAACACAAGACCAGCAUAUGCAGCCAAUCCAGACAGAAAUGGACAAGUGGUGGAAAGCAGUAAUGGGAACAUCAGGGGACAGAGUGCUGCUUCAACAGAUCCUGCUUGAUUGUUCUUGGAUGAUGUUCAAUCUAAAUCCCCCUGCAUUUUCUCUCUUUUUUUUUAUAGCACAUUCAUUUGCAAAGGAAGGAAGGGUUUUGCUUGGUAAAUUCAGCACCAACCACAAUAAAUGGAUUGGCAACCCUGAAUUUUUAGGAAAUUGCUUCUUCUUUGUUCAUUUUGAAUGUGUUGGGUGUCUAGAACCAUGAUUGUGUGUGUGC